UUACUCGCUUUGUCUGCUUUGAUUGUCGGUCUGAUCAAACAGAGCGAGGAUACCACGCUCAUUUUGUUUUUUGGAACCACUCGCACGCACCGCAUAUCUCCCAUGACUAUCGCGAUGAUCACCGACGGAAAAUGUCGCAAUCAAGUGACAGACCAAGAGUUGGUUACACACAAUGUCACCAAGCAUGUGAUGGUCGUACCAACUGUUUGAGUCUCACCUCUGAUCAUGACAGUAGAGCUCGUGACGCUGACAUGAUUUUGUUUCAGCCAGAAUUUGUCAUGACUUGUUUGAAAAAAAAAAAAUGUCAUGACAUAGUGAUUGACCAGGCGAUGGUCGAAAAAAUGUCACGAAGCCAUGCAUUGCUCACACCAAUCGUUUUGAGUAUCAUAUCUGAUUAUCCCAAUUGAAUACGUAACGCUUAUAUGGAUUUUGUUUCAGUCAGAUCUUUUUAUUACAUUUUGCAGUAUCGGUAAAGGGGGGUUUCUUGGGAAAAUGUCUUGCUUUUUAAUUCGCUGUAGAUUUUAGUUCGCCUGUAUAUUGUAUGCUUGCUCCUAACACUAUGCAAACUUUACUUCGGUAGUAAAAUUAUGCUUUGCGAGCGGGAGGGGGGUAUAUUCGGAAAAAAAUCUGUGUUCUUUUUUUUUUGAGAGUGUUUGUGAACGCUCAGCGUGAUUGUUUCGUUCUGUUGUUAAGAUAUUCCCGUGCGUUCGAAAUUGAUUGUUAUUCAAAAAGAAAAUGCAACCAUUCAAUACAAUCCGUCAAAAUUACUCGAAAAGGAUGCAACUUUGAAAUGUUGAAACCAUUCGAAGAACAAGAAAAAUUACGAAGCCACAGAACGAAGAAAUCAAAUCCAAAACAUUUGCAUUGCUUUAAAGAGAAAGUCGCUGCGCAUCCCAAUAAUGUAUUGCACACGCGAAGAAUCGCCAAUGGUACGAAUAAGAUCUACGCUCUGCCCCCUAUGCUAACACAUUCCGCCCUUAGCACACUGCGCACCAGUAGAAUCGACGCACAAUCAUAUAGAAUAGAACAAAAAAACGAAAACAAAAAUCACCAUUAUAAACCUCCCUACCGCGUUGUUACCCAAACACGCGCGCACCACACACCAUUCUUCAGGGGAAUGUACGGAAUCGUGCGGAGUGCCAUAUCGAAGCAGUCCGGCAUCAGCUAUGCGGCCAAGUUUCUGCGCCGCCGGCGGCGGGGCCAGUGCUGCCUGAACGAGAUCAACCACGAGAUCGCGGUACUGAUGCUGUGUGCCGACUCGGACCACGUCGUCAAGCUGCAGGCCGUCCACGAGACGCGCUCGGAGAUCGCGCUCAUACUGGAGCUAGCGACCGGUGGCGAGCUGCAGACACUGAUCGACGAGCAGGGCCACCUGUCGGAGCAGAAGACGCGCGUCUGCAUGCGGGAAAUUUUGCGCGCCCUCCAGCACAUGCACAGCAAAUCGAUCGCCCAUCUCGACCUGAAGCCACAGAACAUACUGCUGGCGGGCAAAACCGUUGACGAUGGGCUCAAGCUGUGCGACUUCGGCAUCGCCCGGUUCAUAGCGGAGAAGAACAAGAUCUACGAGAUCGUCGGCACGCCCGACUACGUCGCGCCGGAGGUGCUGCACUACGAUCCGCUGUCCCUGCAGACGGACAUCUGGUCGAUCGGCGUGGUCGCCUACGUCCUGCUGACCGGUUUGUCGCCGUUCGGCGGAGACAGCAAGCAGGAAACGUUCCUGAACGUCACCAAAUGCUCGCUCACCUUUCCGGACGAGCUGUUCGACGGAAUAUCGAGCGAUGCGAUCGACUUCAUCAAGAGUGCGCUGCGCAUCAAGCCAAAGGAACGACUGACGGUGGACGAGUGUCUCGAGCACCGGUGGCUGAAAGAGAAGACGGUGUGCCUGCGGGAAGAGCUGCUGGCUGCCCGCGCAACGCUCAGCCGCAAUGGGACGGGCAUUGGCGAGUGGGACUACAGCACGACCACCACCACCACCCUGAUGGGUGACGAUGCGCUGCUGAAUAAAUGCGAACCGACAAAUGGUGAUGGUGGCGGAGGCGGUGGCGGCGGCGGUGGCGGAGCGUUGGUACUAGAGAAUGGCAGCAGCAACGGUUGUAACGUGGUGGGAGGAGUGGUGCGGCCGCACGAAACCGGUACGAAGCAGCAGCAGCAUAUGCUGGCAGCCGGCAGCAACAAUGGCACAGUAAUCGCACCAUCGGAAGAAAAGCCGCAGUACGAUGCGGGAGCGGGAGAAGGUGGAGGAGAUGAAAGCGACGAAGGAGGGGGAACAGCAUCUCCGCCGUCGCUUGCUGGUGAGUUAAGGCCGCUGCAGCGCAACAACAAUGGUGGUGGUGGCACCAUGGUAAUACCCUCCGAUGCUUCCUCCGCGUCCACCGAGGACAACAAGGAGAAUGUGAUUGUUGUGGGCGGCGGGGGAGGCGGGCUGGUGGUAAGCAGCGCCGCGUGUGCGCUGUUUCCGGACGCGCCGACCACGCCGAAGGUGAGCCGCAAGGCCCUGCCGGUCGAGCCGCUGAACGACGGGGGCGGGCUGCACUACAACCUUCAGCAGCACCACCACCAUCACCACCAUCUGCAGCAUCAUAAUCACCACCAUCAUCACCAUCACAGUAGCCAUCUUCAUCAAAACCACCAUCACCACCACCACAACCACCUGCAUCACAGCAAUGGCGCGAACAGUCACCACGUGCUCAAUUCGAGCCACCAACACCACGCCAAUCAGGCUGUGCUGCAUCCGGCGCCGCCCAACAACAAUAACAACAACAGUGGUGGCGUGACAGGUGCGGCUAGUGGUGGCCCCGGCAGCCCGUUCGUGUCCCGCCAAGGUUCACCGUCCUGUGUGAAGAAGUACAUACAGAAGAUGCACCUACAGCAGCAGUUGGUGGUGCCUGCUGGGGGCGAGAUGGCGACAACCACCACCACCAGCAAACAGGAUGCAAACACGAUGGUGUCACUCGAAGAGAUGGAGAGCAAAAUUGUAAGCCCCUCCGGUACGACAGGGAUGGCAGCGAGCAGCUGCAAUGCGAGCAGUAGUAACGGUGGCAACGUUGAAUGCUGCGACCCGCCCGAACAUGCUUCCUCCUUCGCCCCUGUCACACCACCGGUCAGCAGCAGCAAUGGGUGCAGCAGCAGUAGUAAUAGUAAUAGUAGUAAUAGCAGUUGCCGAACAACGGUAGCGGCCGGUGCCGCGCUAUGUGCAUUGAAUUGUACCGAAGCAUCAUCGGUAGGCGGUGCGGACAGCCGGCACCUCGCUUCACCCGGUCACAAGACGCUACAGCAGUGCGAAAAGGAUGCCAUUAUCUGCUGAUAAAAUAGGAUCGGCUAUUGUAUUAGUACGACGGUUGGUAGAGGUGUUAGACGAAGAAAAAACACACUCACACAAUGCGAGCAACAGAAACACAAAAUAGAAACAGUAAUGCUCGAUCGAAGCAUUAGUUUUCCCGUAGGAAAAGAAAAUUCAACUUCUAUCUGCUUAAGUAAGAUGAUCGAGAGAAGAGAGAAGGAGAAAGAGCAGAAGAGAAAAAGAGACGAAGAGAACGAGAAGAAGAAAAGGGAAGAAGAAGAAAAGAGAACAAGAAAAGAACAAGAAAAGAGAACAAGAAGAAAAGAGAAAAAGAAGAAAAGAGAAAAAGAAGAAAAGAGAAGAAGAAAGAGAAGAUAAAGAAACGAGGAGCCUUCGCAGGAGAAGAAGAACAGAAAACAAGAAGAGAAAAAUAAGAGAAAACAAUAAGAAAGAACAAGAAGAGAGAACAAUAAGAGAGAACAAUAAGAGAGAACAAGAAGAGAACGAGAAAAUUUAACCUUGGAAAAAGAGGGAGUAAUAUAUAUAUUAAUAUAUAUUACAGGGUUUUACAAUUCAUUUUGCUAUGUGUUCCGCAUAAUUUGUCGCUCACGAAACUUAUUUUGACACCUAGUAGGUAUUUGGACUAAUGCAAGUACAAAUACCUGCCAGGGGUCAAAGUAAUUUUCGUGAGCGACAAAAUAUGCAGGAGCAUACAUUGCAUACAAUGUCUUGGAAAGCCCCCUGUAACACGACACCGGGAUGAAAUGUGCUGCUCUGAAAGAGAAGAGUCAUUGUUGUGACGUAAGGCGCUUUGCGCUCGCUCCCACCCGCCCAAUGCUGAAAGAGAACGAUGCACAACGAGAAACAAAAAAAAAAAUCAGUCAGAACGAGGAAAACAGCUGCUUCGCCCCAACUUCUCAGGAAGAGGGCCGGGGAGAGAAGUGCUGUGGUUUUGUUACUUGGGGUUGGUGGGUGGGUGGGUUAGUAGGGUUCGGUACUUAACGAGCAAAGCACAGUAGCCGGGGUUACUAUAACACGUUGCCAAAAUAAUAGACUAUCUACGUAAGAGAACUUUGGUUACACACUGUGUGGGAGAGCAGGUAACACCACUUUGUUUUUUUUUGCUGGACGUAACACAAAACCACAAAUCCACACUGUUUAAGUGAGAGUGAGGGUUACAUGCAGAAGUGUGUACAUGUGGGUUACGCCGUUCAUUGGAAUUUGUUGGCGUUUUUUUUGUCUCUUGUCAGUUGGUUGUGUUUUGGCAACAAGGAUAAAGCCAAAUAAUGUUGCUAUUUUGUCGCUUCGAACCAAUAUCACCCCCCAAUACUGUUUGCGAACGGUUUUGCGCAGUUGGUUGAAUUGGUUCAAACUCCCACCACAUUAAUGAAUGCUAUUUUCCCCCCAAUUUGUCAUUUUUCUGUCACUAGAAGCAAAAGUGUUCUCCUAGAUGAUGGACCCACACACACACACACGUACACACUUAUUUAUAUAUUUACAUUACGCGUUGUGUAAACGUAAAAUCGCUGGCUCGACCAUAUCAUCAUCGUACGUGCAGGUGUGUAUGUGUGUGUGUAUGUGUUUGUUAGUGUUACAGGGGUUUUGCGAAUUAUCUUAAAACCUCGGUACACAACAGCGGAGUAGUAUAUCCCCUCCUGUAAGGAAGUAAUCUAAUCAAGAGCUUAAGCAAUUAUUGCUUCGGCAUUUGUUGCCGUCGUCGCGUGGCCGUUUGUUUGUGCUAUAACAAGGUGGGUGUGUGAGUGUGUGCUACUAAUAGCAAGAUUGUUGUUUCGCGAAUAAAAGGAACGGGAACCAUUUAGGGCGAAACACUUUACAAUGGCUUAUUUAAAAUUAAUCGAAGCAAGACUUAUGUGAAUGCAUUAUUCUUUAAGUGUGUCUAUACGCCCAAUACGAAUGUUACAAGCCUAAGCUAAGAUGGUGGAGUGGUUGGAGGAGAACGGCGGCGGCGGCGGGAGCCAGCAGGAAAACGGGAGCGCAGAGUUAGCUUCGGGCGGCGUACCAGCCAUUGAGGAAAAAAGCUACCGAGAGUGCAAAAAUGCUCCCUUUUCUCCUGACACCUGUCCCCCCCCCUCCCCCUUCUCGCUCGCUCCAGCACUCCCCUAUUCUAACCUUAUUAUGUUGUAGGAUAAAUUACUCGUUUUGCACAAGCAACAAAAGACAUACACAUAUACACAUAUACACAUCAGUUGAGCAUGAAAUGUGCGUUUUUACCAUUAAUAGGGAUAAAUUAUGUAGUUGAUUCCGUUUACAAAAGGAAGAAAAACAAAACCUAAUCCCGCGUGUAGCAGUAGUAGAAACACAGACGCGCACGAUUUAGGGGAAGGAGCGGACAGAAAAAAAGGACAAAGUUGUUCUACCAUGAUGUGCCUAAUGAUGUGUAACGCGCAAGGGAUGAAACAGAGCGAGAGAGAGAGAGAGAGAGAGAGAGAGAGAGUGGGGUACACAUUUGCUCCACACGUUUAUCACUGGAGAGCUGGCCUGAUGUGUUUGUGCGUGUGUGUGCGUGUGCAAGCACGCUUAGUAAGUAGAGCAUAACAUAUAGCCGCCAGGCGCAGUGCACCGGCAGUAACAGCAAAAUGGUUUUUAUUCGAUAGCCUCGGUUCAGUUUGUGCGCUUACUGUGUUUGGACGCGUUUGUAUAGAUAGCAAUUCGAAUGCAUUUAAUUAAUACACAUCCCCGCGUUACACAAAAAAAAACAAGAAAUUGACGAAAAACUAAAUUCCUUAACCUCCUUCGUCCACCCAUCCGUUUGUCAUUCCAUUUCCGUUUUUUUUCUUCAUAUACACAAGCAAGCAGUCUCUCGCUAGAAUUUAGAGCACCGUGUUGGUUUGUUUUUUUAAAUAACAGUUGCUUUAAUAUUCUGAACCUACAUAUACAGUGCAGUUAACACAAACUAUUAUACAAUGAAAGGAUUUGAGAGCGUUAGAGAGAGAGAAAAGAGUGACAAAGAAGAAAGUUGUAUGUGUGUAUGGGUUACUGAUAGUCAAAAGGCUGGGUUAAAAGCAGGGCGGCAGAACCCUAUCGCGGACCGGUUUCGACGCGAGUCAGGGAAGCAGAGGAAGCUCCGCGGAGUAUGUUUGCGAAGUGUGACAUCACUCUUUACGGUACAAAUUGUGUCUCCUGUGUUUGCAACUGGGGGUUUGUUUUCGUGUGUCUGCCAAAUAUCCUUUUUGUUUUACCGAGUCGCCUUAAAUCCUGUUUUAAAUGCGAUGUUAUUUUUACCACUGUGCAUGACUUACAUUUCUUUUCACACUCUCCCUGGUGUGUGGCCUUUCCAAUACCCACGCGAUCAGCAAAAUGUGUUCCUUUCCUUUUGUUUCUGAUUAAAAUUAAAACUUUUUUUACCCCCUGAAACUAAACAUCUUUUCUAAACAUUGCAGCCAUCCGUUGCCAUUUCGUACCCACAAUAAGUGCAUUUGUUUUGCGUUUGUUUUUAAUUUUAAUUCAGUUGCAUUUUUGUUUUUAGCAAGACAGAGACAAUGACCACACACACACACAUACACACAAUGAAAACGAUUGUAAGAUAAACUUUGAAACCGUCACAGUAAACGAUGGUGCCAGCCUUCGUGUUAAGAACGUAUUUAAAACAAAAACAAUAACAAAAACGCCCCCACAGUAACGUUGAUCCAAAGAAAUGAACAUUGAGGAAAGAGUUGAAAAAAGAAAAACCAUGCAAAAGUUUUUAAGCAUAAGACAGUGAGCGAGCGAGAAGGCAGCAAACAGGAAAAAACAUAGUUAUAGAAAAGGACCGCGUGCGUUAUAUUGAAUCACUCAGGUGUGUUUUUGUAGAGCAGAGAGCGUCCGGAAGAGAGCGGUGGGCCCCGGACGCUGGUUCACAUUUGUUGUCAUUAUCGACGCUCUCCAGUUGCGUUCUCUUGCGUGUACAAACGCACACCUGUGUGUGAGAGUGUACAAGUCUCGCGUACGUUGCCUAAGGGGGUUGUGAGCAAAGAAAAAAGCAAGUGAUCUAUAACUAUACAGUUAAGUUAUUUUUCUUAUACCUUUUCCCAUAAUGUAAAUAAAAAUUAACAACACCAAAACGGUCUGAACAUCCGA